CAGAUCCUUCGAAGCAAGAUUUUAAAGACGAACAAGAGGGGGAACGCGAGAGCAGCGAAUACGUUUCGGGCAAGCCGAAACCAAAACUAAAAAAGGCCCAACAAACAGAUUACGUCAUCUCAUUCCACAUGUUUUUGCUCCAAAAAAACAACUUUUAUAAUCCCAAAAUAUUUCAAUCAACAAAUCUUCCCAUAAUCGCGUUUUUCGCCGCCUCCCAUUUGCACGACAAGAAAUAGACAUAAAAUUCUCCCUCUAUUGCCCACGCGCCGCGCCCUUUUUUUUUCCUUGUUUUUUUUUUUUUUCUGUUCUUUCUUUCGCUCUCUUCAUCAACACAAAAUGAUCGAGUUUUACUGCUUUUCUUUGUAGUCGAUUUUGAAUUAUUUUUUUUUCCCUUUUCGGAUCGGAGUUAUUUUUUAGAUUCGAAGGGGAGAAAAAAAUGAGAGCGUAUAAGCGCGUGGUUCAAUUGGGGUUUAGGUUGGAUUCGAGUUUCGUUUUUAACAGGAUUGGACACCGGCAGAUUUCUCAACUAGUUAAGUCCAAUGGAAAGCGUGCGUUUCUCGUCGAUACGUUGGCUCUGGUUCGAAGUCUGGAAGCGCAAGGAGUGCCAUCAAAACAAGCGGAGGCAAUAACAGCAUCAAUCACUGAAGUGUUAAACGAUAGCUUGGAGAAUGUGUCCCAUUCUUUUGUUUCAAAGGCAGAAAUGCAGAAGACUGAGAUGCUUCAAGAAGCCAAUUUAUCAAAGUUUAAGUCCGAAGUAAAGAGUUCCCAGGAGCAUCAUUUUUCUAUGCUACAACGUGAAACUGAAAAACUUAGAGGUGAUAUUGAAAAAAUGCAAAGUGAACUAAGGUAUGAAAUUGACAAGGUCACUGCUGGGCAGCGCCUGGAUUUAAAUCUUGAAAGAGGGCGCAUACACGAUGAACUGGCCAAUCAGAAUGCAGAAACUACCAACCUGACAAACAAGCUAGAUAGGGAAAUUCAUGAGUUAAGAGCCCAGUUGGAAGCUGCAAAAUAUGAUGUGAUCAAGUACUGCAUAGGCACCCUUGUCUCCAUAUCUACUGUUGGUCUAGCUGUAGUCCGCAUCUUGAUGUAGCAUCACAAUUGUUUUCAGUCAUGCCAACUUUUCAUACAUAAAUCUCAAAUUUCAUUCUUUUUUUCUGGCAACUGGAUUACUUAGGAAAAAAAAAAGGGUAUCUAAUUUGGCAAGGAAGGACAAAACCCAGUUGGUCGGAACAAUUAUUAGUGCUUCUUUUAGGAUUAAGCACAACUGAUUCUCUAUUUACUGGAUAUGUUUUUAUCCCAUUCUAGGAAGGGAAAGGAUGUAGUUCUUUUUAGACCAUUUAAAAGGUCUCUUUUCCUCCAUUCAUAUAUGGCUUGUUUGAUAGCAGUUGAAUUAUGCCAUUUCCUCCAGUCUUGCAGCUGACAGUGUUCUGAUAGUUAUAACACGAAAUUGUGAUUGAACUGGUUUCUGUUUUGACAUGUUAUUUCUAAUAUUAAUAUAUGAAGCAUUUGAGAAGCAAACAGAUAAUAUGAACGAAUUACUAAAUAAUUAGUACAUAACAAGAAUAUCUUUACUGUGUCAAACGGUCUAAAUGUUUUAAACUUGUUAUACUCUUCGCUCUUUCUCAUGAGAAAUAUCAGCAGAGUAUGUGUCAAACAACAUCAGACUGGAAGAUCAUAUA